AUGAAGAAAAAGAUUGUGAUUGAUCUCCCUCUCAACACUGAUCACUGUAGAUCAAAGGCUAUGCAGAUUGCUGUAAGAACUCCAGGGGUAAUAUCAGUGAACAUAGACAUGGAAAAAAGCCAUUUGGUGGUGAUUGGAAUAGGAGUCGAUUUUUUCAAGUUGAUGCAUUGCAUAAGAAGGAAAUUCAAGUGUUCUCGAAUUGUGAUUAUUGAAGAAGUGAAACCCGAUGAGAAGCCCGACCCGAAUAAAACGGAAGAUAAAAAACCUUGUCCUCCAACAUGCAAUCCAUGUGUGCCGCAGUUCUAUCCAAUAUGCCAACCCGUUUAUGAUCCAUAUAAUCCAACUUGCUCCAUUAUGUGA